CAAAGUCUGUUGCUGUGUAUUUGUUUUUGACGUUCUCCCAAUUUUCCAUGAGAAUCAAAAGAUCAGAGAUGCUUGUAUUAGACGAGAGCCACUAACGACGAACCAGUAUUGUAUUGUCCAUGUCAUAAUUAUUGCCGUUCUUACUUCUCCCUUACUAAAUUACUAAUACUAUUCAGCCCCCUGCUCCGCUUUGUCUUAGCUUCUAGAGGAGUACUCAGUAGGAAGUCUGUUUCGUCAACGCAAAUCUCCAUCAGACUGAUACACAAACACAAAGUUCCACCAGGCACCUCCUUCAAAGCCUCUCUCUCUCAAAUCAAGUUUGAAGCUUUGAUUGAUCAAGGUUUUAACCUUUUGAACCUGAGUCAAAGAUCCUUUUCAAAUGCUCUUACUUGAGUGCAAAUCAUUUUUUCUUCCUUUUUGAAUCUCAGAAACCAAAAAGCUCUCUUACCCAGAAGUCCAAAUGGAGAAAAACCAGGAAAUUGCACUGACUGAGAUGAGGAAAUCAGUUCAAAAGCUCGGGACUUCCACAGAGAAGUAUGAAGACCCGACACUCAUGAGGUUCUUGAUUGCAAGAUCAAUGGACCCGGACAAAGCAGCAAAAAUGUUUGUUCAGUGGCAUAAAUGGAGGGCCUCAUUUGUUCCAAAUGGGUUCAUUUCUGAUUCCGAAGUAAGUGAUGCAUUGGAAGACAGAAAGAUUUUUUUGCAGGGUUUGUCUAAGGAUGGAUACCCAUUGAUGAUUGUGAAAGCAAGCAAGCAUUUUCCUUCUAAGGAUCAUCUCCAAUUCAAGAAAUUUGUGGUUCAUCUGCUUGACAAAACAAUUGCAAGCUCUUUCAGAGGACGAGAAAUUGGAAAUGAAAAGUUGAUCGGCAUUCUUGAUUUGCAACAAAUUUCAUACAAAAAUGUUGAUGCACGUGGAUUAAUCACUGGAUUUCAAUUUCUACAGUCUUACUACCCUGAGCGGUUAGCAAAGUGCUUCAUCUUAAACAUGCCAUGGUUCUUUGUAAGUGUCUGGAGGAUGGUUUCUCGCUUCCUUGAUAAGGCAACAGCAGAAAAGAUUGUAAUUGUGAGCAAUGAGGAUGAAACAAAAAACUUCAUAAAGGAAGUUGGUGAAGAAACCUUGCCAGAAGAGUAUGGUGGACGAGCAAAGCUUGUACCUCUCCAAGAUGUUGUACUGGCACCAAUGGAGGAUUUACUCUACAAAUAAAUCGGGCCGCUCUAGCAGUCCAUCUAUCUUCGAGGCAGACUCGGAAACCGUUAAUCCGUUAUACCUGUCGACAAGACAAAGAUAACCGGUGGUAGGCAGUUUCAGCCUGGUUCUCCUUGUGACGAGUAGCAAUUAGUGGUACAUGUAUGAGGGGAGGGCUUCCUUCUCAUACUCUCAUGUUCAUGUAAUACAACAACGAAAGGUACUCCAUGUAAAAGAUAAUAUUUGAGCUUAAA